CAAGGGGAAAGAAAGAGAGGAGAAUGAUUGUGAACCACAGUGAUAAGUGAAUGUUGCAAAUCAGGCAGCUCUGCAGAUGAGAGACACAUUUGUCCUCUCUCAUUUAUUCAGGGCCACCGAAAACAAUCCAGCAUUCAUCUGGAGUCAUCCGAAGAUGACUCUGAAGAUGAGGACACCAUCUAUAACCAUGACCUCAUUUUCUACCUCUCCCACGGUGCCCAUCCUCCACCAGAGCCUGAAUAUCAACUCUUCUGAACAGCCAAGUCCCUGGCUGAACAGCAGCACCUGGUCACCCGUCAAAUCCUCAGGUUUAGGGAUGUCCUGCUUCACGAUGACAUUCGGUGCCAUCUCCAACCUCACAGCUCUGGGCAUCUUGGCCCGUGUCUACUUCCGCCGCCAGUCCAAAACACCAUUUCUGCUAUUAGCAGUGGCUUUGCUCCUGGCUGACCUGGGAGGUCAUGUGAUCCUGGGCGCAUUUGCUUUGUAUCUGCACAUUGAUCGGAGGUAUAAAAUACAGGCUGGGAAGCCCACCAAAGAGUUCUGUCAGAUCUUUGGGGCAAGCAUGGUGUUUUUUGGCUUAUGCCCUUUGCUGUUGGAUUGUGCCAUGGCAGUGGAGCGCUGUGUGGCCAUCACCCAACCAUUUUUCCAUGCUGCUAUGAUUACAUUGGCCCAUGUGCGCCGAGUUGUGUUAUUUCUGUCCUCUCUUGCACUUGUGCUAGCAGUACUACCUUUAUUUGCUGUGGGGACUUACACUACCCAGUUUCCUGGGACAUGGUGUUUCUUGCCUAUCCAAGGUCCACAGUCUACAUCUGACACCAAUCUGGCUCUGGCCUUCUCAUGUCUGGGCCUCAUUGCACUCACUCUUUCCCUACUCUGCAACAUCUGGAGUGGCCUGGCAUUGCUGAAAGCCAGAUUGAAGCCCAACAAUGUUAAUACAAAAUCAGCAGCUUCCUGUACUCGCCAUGCUUCGUCCACAUCGUCUUCCUCCUUGUUUUGUUCGUUGGAUGUGGAGAUGAUGGCACAACUGGCGGUAAUCACUGUGGUUUCCUGUGUAUGUUGGAGCCCCUUUCUUAUCCACAUUUUUGUGAUGCAGUUCAACCAAGACCAUGGAGCCUCAAGUGGCAAAAAAGAUGGGUUCAUUCUUCUGGGCCUGCGUAUGGCCUCCUGGAAUCAGAUCUUGGACCCAAUGCACAAUGUGGCGAGUGUCUCAGCCUCUUUGGGGUCCGUGGGACUGUUGCGUCUCUUUGGGGCGUCCUGGUCCUGGAGUCUGGCAGCAGGCCUUGGAGUGUAUCUGGGAACCAGAACCUGGAAAUACUUCUACAUUGCAGCACGCACCGCCAAAAGAGACCUCAAUGGCCUGUAUGUGCUGUUGCGAGUGAAGCUGGCUUUGUGGCGCUACAUGCGCAAUGGAAGUAACGUUCCUUCCAUAUUCGCCCAGACAGUAAAACUCCACCCAAAUAAACCAGCACUGAUCUAUGAAGCCACGGGGGAAACAUGGACCUUCACACAGCUGGAUGAGCUGUCUAAUGCAGUGGCCCACUGGGUGAGAGAUCAGGGAUGGGUCUCAGGGGAUGUGGUGGCUCUCUUCAUGGAAAGCAGACCAUUGCAGGUGGCACUUUGGCUGGGCUUCGCCAAGGUUGGGGUGGAAGCGGCACUCAUCAACUUCAACCUCCGUCACGAUUCCCUCUUGCACUGUAUCGGGGUGUCAGGGUCACGGGCUAUUGUGUUCGGAGCCGAGCUUGCUGAUGCCAUGUUGGAGGUUAGCUCCUCCUUUAGCCAGUCCAUGGUACGGUUCUGUGCAGGAGACCUCAGUGCAGAACAUCUGGCCAGUUUGGGUGCUCAACUUCUGGACCCAGUCUUAUCCACUGCAUCUAGACGUCCCCCUUCACCUUGUGUUCCCCCCAAAGGCAUGAAUGACCGUCUAUUUUAUAUUUACACCUCCGGCACCACAGGACUGCCCAAGGCUGCCAUUGUGGUACACAGUCGUUAUUACAGAAUCGCUGCUUUUGGGUAUUUUGCCUUUCGCAUGCGCCCUGAUGACAUCAUCUACGACUGCCUGCCUCUCUAUCACUCAGCAGGUAAUAUCAUGGGAGUUGGUCAGUGUCUGAUCCACGGACUCACUGUGGUAGUAAAGAAGAAAUUCUCUGCCAGCCGCUUCUGGGAAGAUUGCAUUAAGCACAACUGCACUGUGGUGCAGUAUAUUGGGGAAAUCUGCCGCUACCUCCUGUCUCAGCCAGUACGGCCGUCAGAAAAAGGCCACAAAGUUCGGCUGGCAGUGGGGAACGGGUUGCGCCCCAGUGUGUGGGAGGCCUUUACAGAACGAUUUGGGGUGGCACAGAUUGGCGAGUUCUACGGAGCGACUGAGUGCAACUGUAGCAUUGCUAACAUGGAUGGAAAGGUGGGAGCCUGUGGAUUCAACAGUCGCAUUCUCCCCAACGUGUACCCAAUCCGCCUGGUGAGAGUGGAUGAGGACAGCAUGGAGCUGGUUCGCAACAGCCAGGGGCUCUGUGUGCCUUGCCGCCCUGGGGAACCAGGGCUUUUGGUAGGCCGCAUCAACCAGCAGGACCCACUACGGCGUUUCGAUGGCUAUGCUAACCAGGAUGCUACAAGGAAGAAGAUAGCUCACAAUGUCUUUAAGAAAAAUGAUUCUGCAUAUAUAUCAGGUGACGUGCUGGUGAUGGAUGACCUGGGCUACAUGUACUUCCGUGACCGUGGCGGGGACACAUUCCGUUGGAGAGGAGAAAAUGUCUCCACCACCGAGGUGGAGGGGAUACUCAGCAGUCUUCUGGGUCAGACUGACGUAGCUGUGUAUGGCGUCACAGUGCCAGGUGUGGAAGGUAAGGCAGGCAUGGCUGCCAUUGCAGAUGCUACAGGGAGUUUUGACUGCAGCGGUUUCUUGCUGAAAGUCCAGCGAUCUCUUCCUCCAUACGCUCGCCCCGUGUUCCUGCGUAUCUCCACACAUGUAGACACCACAGGUACAUUUAAAAUCCAGAAAACCAGGCUGCAGAGGGAGGGAUACGACCCACGUCUCACCACGGACCAGAUCUACUUUUUAAACGCUAGAGCUGCAGGUUAUGAGGCUGUAGAUGAGGAGCUGUACAAUGCUAUAGCCGAGGGAAGAAUGUCUUUAUGACAUGGAGGCCAUAGCAGGGCAGUCUUGGUGCCUCAGUUAAAGAGAUGCUGUUGAGAGAGGAAAACCUAUGCAUAUGGUGGAGUCAGGCUCAGUCAGUUUUGGUGCACUACCUGCCUGAAUUUUAACCUUUCAGGGAAGAGUUGAGAAGACUAGUUACAUAGUGGAGUAUUGUUACAGAUGAUGUUUUAACACUGUAUGAGUAACACGCCAGGACAAAUGGGAAAGCAUUUAUUCCCUUUUUAAUAACAUUUUUAAAUUAGUAAAUGAACACCUCAGAAAGCCUUUGAGCAUUACCGCACAUAGAGUGGGUACAUCCCACAACCCAUAAAUUAAAUAGGAUAUAUUUACAAUAAUGUGGUCAGCAAAGGAGUAGUAUCACGUCAAACUCUUACACAGCGUGUAUAUAUACCCAUUUAUGAAAUAAGCUGCAAGAAUAAUUUUGUGUAGGUUUUUAAGCAAUAUUUGAGUGUGGAGCUAUGGAGUUACUGCUGUGUGUUUGGAUGAGGCUGAAAGACCAGACUUACGCAUGCAGUACAUGUGGCAACUAGAUCAAACACUAACCAUAGUUUUUUUUUUUUUUUUUUUUUUUUUUUAAUGAAAUGGAAAACUAAUCUCACUUGUCAUAUUUGAACCUCUGAAGAAUUUGUUUGCAAGAACACAAAAGUUGUUACUGUAUGUGCCUUAUAUGAAACUUCCGAUCUGUGUUUCAUCUUUUUAUGCUUUUCUUGGACGCGACAGAUUGUGGAAAUCACAGUAGUGAUUUUGUGUCAUGCAAAGCUGAGUCACACAUUGUGACUGUCAUUUUAUGUAACAAAUCUUAUCCAUGUAGUAAUAUAUAGGUGUUAAAGACUAUGAAGCUGUUUACCAUUUCAGAAUCUCCCAGACUACAUUUUUUUUGUUUUAACUCAAAUUAAAUAUUUU